CUACUGUAGUCACAUGACACCGACUUUUGCUUUGAUGCGCGUCGCCUUCUUCCCCGCCACAAAGUAAAUAGUCUCGGUCGGGGCGUGAUGACGAAGAUGGCAGAUGUGGCACAAGGGAUCGCUCUUUCGAAGUACUUACCGAACCCAGCAAUUCGCUGCCCUCUUCAGCUGUAUCGGUGCAGAUAGGCCCGAUUUCGUAUGGUUCCAUGAUCCUAUGGCCGGUGAACCACGCGACCUGUAUGCGCAGGUGGUCGAGACGGCUCUAGAUAGGAUCAACAAUGACUGUCCUACCGAUGAUGACCUCUCAGCCCUGAGUUUCAUAUUCGGCCCGAUGCUCAUGCCGGCCCUGACAUUAGUAGAUCGCGGAGAUGUCAACAAGAUCAGCCUGCCCAAUGGUCGUCAGCUUUACAGGGUCACCGGCACCAAGGGGAAAUCUUAUACAGUCUAUCCGGCGGACGUUCGACAAGCCAAUGCAUACUGCCCUUGUGCCGCAUUCACCUAUUCAUGCCUCGUUGCGGAGCAACAGCUCAUGUGUAAACACGUCCUGGCCGUGAGAAUAGCGGAAAAGACCGGACGAUGUAAAGCAAUCGUCUCAGGUAGAGACGGGGUGGCAGAUCUCCUGCCCGGUUUCAGAGCCUAGAUCGUUUACCCAACAUCUCCCAUACCAGCUUCGAAAACGGAC